UAACCAAAUCCAUCAGAUAAUCUCAUUGAUUUUCUACUUCUUACUUUCUCUUCUUUGAUACCAAACUUCAUCUUUCAUAUCUUAUUCUGUUUCCUCUGAAGUCUUUUUUUUAGCAGAUCUGAAGUUCAGUUUGUUUGUUCCACUUACUAUCCAUAUGAAACUCAUCAUUGAUAUCUUGUAGUUGUUACAAAAAAGCACACCAUUCAUUUUAUUGCUUCCUCUAAGUAUUUCUUUGGGAGAUCUUUCAAGUUCUUCAGUUUGUUUGUUCCACACACUUUCAAAUCUCAGUUUGUAUUUGUGCUGACAAAGAUCUCAGUUUGUUCUCACACUUUUAGAGGCUUUAAGACUUGUGCUUUAGGCUCAACAUAUCAUGGCAGAGUUGGUAGCCGGGGCAUUUCUUCAGUCUUCCUUUCAAGUGAUUAUUGAGAAGUUGGCUUCCGUUGGUAUCAGAGACUACUUUAGUAGUAACAAUGUUGAUGAACUUGUGAAAGAACUUAAUAUUGCACUUGAUUCUAUCAACCAAGUACUAGACGAAGCAGAGAUAAAGCAGUACCAAAACAAAUAUGUGAAGAAGUGGCUUGAUGAACUUAAACAUGUUGUUUAUGAGGCAGACCAACUAUUAGAUGAGAUUUCUACUGAUGCAAUGAUAAAUAAGCAAAAAGCUGAAUCUGAACCACUUACCACCAAUUUAUUGGGUUUCGUUUCAGCUUUAACUACAAAUCCAUUUGAAUGUAGGCUCAAUGAACAACUGGAUAAACUAGAACUUCUUGCAAAGCAAAAGAAAGAUUUGAGAUUGGGAGAAGGUCCUAGUGCUAGUAAUGAAGGCUUAGUCAGUUGGAAACCUUCAAAAAGGUUGUCGUCUACAGCUCUCGUGGAUGAGUCAAGCAUAUAUGGUAGGGAUGUUGAUAAGGAAAAAUUAAUCAAGUUUUUACUUGAAGGCAAUGACGGUGGCAACCGGGUUCCAAUAAUCAGCAUAGUGGGUUUAGGAGGGAUGGGGAAAACCACCCUUGCUAAGCUUGUGUACAACGACAACAAGAUAAAGAAGCAUUUUGAACUUAAAGCAUGGGUCUAUGUUUCAGAAUCUUUCGAUGUUUUUGGACUCACCAAAGCAAUUCUCAAGUCAUUUAAUCCUUCAGCAGAUGGUGAAUACUUGGAUCAACUCCAACAUCAACUCCAAGACAUGCUAAUGGGAAAGAAAUACUUGCUUGUUUUAGAUGAUAUAUGGAAUGGGAGUGUAGAAUAUUGGGAGCAGCUACUACUUCCGUUUAACCAUGGAUCUUCUGGAAGUAUGAUUAUCGUGACAACACGUGAAAAGGAGGUAGCAUGUCAUGUUCUAAAAUCAACCAAAUUAUUUGAUUUACAACAAUUGGAAAAAAGCAAUUGUUGGAGAUUAUUUGUGACACAUGCUUUUCAAGGAAAAAGUGUGUGUGAAUAUCCAAAUCUUGAAACAAUUGGGAGGAAAAUAGUGGACAAGUGUGGAGGGUUGCCUUUAGCUAUAAAAUCAUUGGCACAACUUCUGCAUAAAAAAAUUUCUGAACAUGAAUGGAUUAAGAUAUUGGAGACUGAUAUGUGGCGUUUAUCAGAUGGGGACCACAACAUUAACUCAGUACUAAGAUUGAGUUACCAUAAUCUCCCUUCGGAUCUAAAGCGUUGCUUUGCGUAUUGUUCCAUUUUCCCCAAGGGCUAUAGAUUUGAAAAAGAAGUAUUGAUCAAGCUUUGGAUGGCAGAAGGUUUGCUGAAGUGUUGCGGAUCAGACAAAAGUGAAGAAGAGUUUGGUAAUGAAAUUUUCGGUGAUCUUGAGUCAAUUUCAUUUUUCCAGCGAUCAUUUGGUACAUAUGAGGACUAUUGCAUGCAUGAUCUUGUCAAUGAUUUAACAAAAUCAGUGUCAGGAGAAUUUUGUAUGCAAAUAGAGGGUGCUAGGGUGGAAGGUAUCAAUGAAAGGACACGUCAUAUUCAGUUCGCUUUUUCAUCACAAUGUGGUGAUGAUUUAUUUUUGACGAAUCCAAACGGUGUUGAUAACUUACUAGAGCCAAUUUGUGAGCUUAAGGGACUACGAAGUCUGAUGUUAGGACAAGGCAUGGGAGUUGUAAUGUGUAUUACCAACAACAUGCAACAUGAUCUAUUUUCAAGACUAAAAUUUUUGCGGAUGCUAACAUUUAGUGGUUGGCAUCUCUCAGAGCUUGUGGAUGAGAUAGGAAAGCUAAAACUUUUGCGUUAUCUAGACCUUACAUACACUGGUAUUAAAAGCUUACCUGAUACCAUUUGUAUGUUGUAUAAUUUGCAAACACUCUUGUUAAAAGACUGUUAUCAAUUGACUGAGCUCCCUUCAAAUUUUUCCAAACUCAUCAAUUUACGUCAUCUUGAGCUCCCUUGUAUAAAGAAAAUGCCAAAGAAUAUGGGAAAGCUAAAUAAUCUUCAGACCUUGUCAUAUUUUAUUGUGGAAGCCCAUAAUGAAUCUGAUCUCAAAGAUUUGGCAAAACUCAACCAUCUUCAUGGAACAAUUCAUAUUAAAGGGUUGGGUAAUGUCAGUGAUACUGCAGAUGCUGCCACAUUAAAUUUGAAAGAUAUAGAAGAAUUACAUACUGAGUUCAAUGGCGGACGAGAAGAAAUGGCUGAAAGUAACCUGUUGGUUUUGGAGGCUCUAAAACCAAAUAGCAACUUGAAGAAGCUCAACAUUACACACUACAAAGGUAGUAGAUUUCCAAAUUGGCUAAGGGGUUGUCAUUUACCCAACUUAGUAUCUCUUGAACUUAAGGGUUGUAAGUUAUGUUCCUGUUUGCCAACACUUGGACAACUCCCUUCUCUCAAGAAACUUUCCAUUUAUGACUGUGAAGGAAUAAAGAUCAUUGAUGAAGAGUUUUAUGGCAAUAAUUCAACAAUUGUUCCAUUCAAGUCCCUUGAAUAUUUGAGAUUUGAGGAUAUGGUCAACUGGGAGGAAUGGAUAUGUGUAAGGUUUCCUCUGCUUAAAGAGCUUUAUAUAGAAAAUUGUCCUAAAUUGAAAAGAGUAUUGCCUCAACAUCUUCCAUCUUUACAAAAUUUGUGGAUCAAUGAUUGCAACAUGUUGGAGGAAUGUUUAUGCCUUGGAGAGUUUCCUUUGCUUAAAGAGUUUUUAAUAAGAAAUUGUCCCGAAUUGAAAAGGGCUCUUCCUCAACACCUUCCUUCUUUACAAAAACUGGGUGUAUUUGAUUGCAACGAGUUGGAGGAAUUGUUAUGCCUUGGAGAGUUUCCUUUGCUUAAAGUGUUUUCUAUAAGAAAUUGUCUCGAAUUGAAAAGGGCUCUGCCUCAACACCUUCCUUCUUUACAAAAACUGGGUGUAUUUGAUUGCAACGAGUUGGAGGCAUCAAUUCCCAAGAGUGAUAAUAUGAUAGAGUUAGAUAUACAGAAUUGUGAUAGAAUUUUGGUAAAUGAAUUGCCGACUAGCCUGAAAAAGUUACUCCUUCGGCGAAAUCGGUACACGGAGUUCUCCGUGCACCAAAAUUUAAUCAAUUUUCCCUUUCUUGAAGCGUUGGAGUUGAAUUGGAGUGGCUCUGUGAAAUGUCCUUCUUUGGAUUUACGUUGCUAUAAUUUUCUUCGUGAUCUUUCAAUAAAAGGCUGGUGCUCCUCCUCCUUGCCUUUGGAACUACACUUGUUCACCAAACUUCAAUCUCUGUAUCUGUACGAUUGUCCAGAGCUGGAAUCCCUUCCAAUGGGUGGUUUGCCUUCCAACUUGAUACAACUUGGAAUAUACAAUUGCCCAAAACUGAUUGGUUCGAGAGAGGAGUGGGGUUUGUUCCAACUCAAUUCCUUGAAAUGUUUCACUGUUGCUGAUGAGUUUGAAAACGUGGAGUCCUUCCCAGAGGAGAAUCUGCUGCCACCAACUCUAGAGAUCCUUCAAUUGUAUAAUUGUUCAAAGCUAAGAAUAAUGAACAAAAAGAGUUUUCUCCACCUCAAAUCUCUUAAUCGGCUAUAUAUUUUAGACUGACCUAGUCUUGAGAGCUUGCCAGAGAAGGAGGAUCUACCCAACUCCCUUUCUGAAUUGGAUAUUAGAGAUUGUGGAAUAAUAAAGGAGAAGUAUGAAAAGGAGGGAGGAGAGCGUUGGCAUACAAUUAGUCACAUCCCUUAUGUGUGGAUUGACUAUAUUCAACAGAAAUGAGAUGUUAUGGGUCCCACUUUUGGUGGUUCUGAAGGCUAAGAGGGAUUCUGAGUUUCGAAUGGUGUGAAGAGUGAAGGCAAUUUGUUUUUGUAUGCUUUGGACAGUGUGAGGGUAGUUUUGGAAAUGAUGAUUUAUUUAUUGGACUGCGGUGAUUAAAUUUAUCUUCCUCCUCUUUAGGUAGAUAAGGCUUUGUUCUUGCUGCAAAAAAGAGGUAGCAGGGCACACACAUUCGCAACAAAGAAAUUUCAGUUUAUGUUUCUUUCAUCCAACGAUGAUUUGGAUUCGAGAUAGAGCCUCAUGAUCAUGUGUGGAAGGGAAGAGUCUGACAUUGUGUGAAUUCCAUCCAUUCCAAUUUGUUCAUGGUUUGUAUUCAAGCAUUAUAAUGAAACAUGUUUCACUUACUUUUAUAAGUGUCUUCUGAAACUAUGUUUCAAAGCUGUCUGCAACAAAUUGACAUACACCAUAAUCUGACUUUAUGGCCCAUCUUUUUUAUUCUGUUUACGCUGAUUGUCUGUUUUUCUUGUGUCUUUCCGGGAAACAUGAGACUUGAGAAAAAAAGCCGAUGAAUUACUUGCAUCAACAAAUUACAUGGGAAUUACAUGGUGAAUGGGAGCUUCCAUGGUGUUUGGAACACAGUCUACGUGAUAAAUUGGUUUGGAACUUCGGAUCCAAACAUGUUCACUGCUAUGUGCAACAGUUCUUCAUUGUAUCAAGGACCAGCUUAACUAUAAGACUAAGACUGGACCGCAUUUUAUAUGCUGCCAAAUGUAACACAGAACCAUUACUCCAAUUUAUGCCUAAGGAAUGAUGAGUCAGCAUACUUUGAUGGAAAUGAACUGCUGGACAGAAGUUUGUUACUCCAAGUGGAAUAAAUAUGUGUUUCAGACAGAGAAUAUCAUUGUAGAGAUGUUUCAGACAGAAUUUUGUUACUCCAAGUGGAAAUGCACCAGAAGUUGACUUGUCAAUUUAGUGAAAUUCAAUAAAACUCUACUUUCAUUGCUGUACUUCUGAUUGUAAUUCAAUACUUUUUCUCAGUUUGUGAAUAGGUUUAUCUAUCUAUAUCACUAGUAGAAGGUUCUCCUGUGCUGAUCAAAAAGCCACAAUGGUUCAUUAGUGUAUGUUAACUCCAGUGGGUGUAGGAUAAGCUCAUAUAUUAAUCACUGUAAUUUGAUAGUGUGAGAUGUUUACUGAGUCUUUAAUUUCUGCAUACUGUCACUCUCUUUUGGUAAUAUAAAUUGCAACA